ACAUGGCAGCAUUGUGUUUAUGGAGGAUAGCUGUGAUGUAGUGAUGUAAAAACGAUGAUAUUUAGCAUAAAAGAACUGGUAAAAUGGCUGGGACUCACCGUUUUCGAGAUGCUGGUGAACUUAAUAUCUAUAUUAUUAUUUUCAUUCAUAGCUGUAACUAAGUUAGAGAAUGCUGUCGACGUCACAUGGUGGACAGCAUUCGUUCCUCUUUUUGUCUGUGACAGUUUGAAUGCAUAUUUCUGUGUUAUUGUUUUCAUUAGACAGUGUUUAGAAGAUUCAUACAGGGAAGCUGGACUCAGAGCGUUGUGGAGUUUCGUUCAACUCAUGCUGAUAUUUCUCUUUAAGUUACUGUUAUGCUUAAAACUGGAGGGACAGAAAAACUUGUUAUAUUCUGAGAUAUUUUCGCCUUUGUUUAUCUUGUUGAUGCUGAUAAUGGUGAGGGCGUGUCAAGUUCAUUAGAAAAAUGUAAAUAAAAGCAUUCUUAAACAUGAUUAUCUUCCACAAUAACGUUGAGUCUAUUGCUUAGUGCCAUAGAAACUCUUCUGUUGAAUAUUAUGACUAAUUUGAAGAAUAAUUUUAUAUUAAGAUGUUAAAUCUUAACACAACAAAAAAGAGUAUAAAUUUUAUAUUUAAUGAGGAACAAAAGGAAUACAAGUUAAAAAUUUUCGUUUAAAUUUUCCAUUUUGUUGUAUUUUAAUUGUAUAAAUUUAAUAUAAAACACUAUCAUUAUUUUGAGAAAAGUACAAGGAGCCAUAUAACAAACCAGUUUUGUUUAUUUUAAAAUCCACUUUAUAAAACAAUUUUUUUAUACAUAAAUGAUGCAAUAAUGGCUCAAUAAUAAAUUUUCAUUAAUAAUGUUUUCGUGCAUAGUUUAU